AAUGUCAAAUUUUUAAAACAGAGUUUAAAAACUCUAAUGUGAAGAAGUCAAUCAUGACAACAAGCCUAUUAUUUUGAUUUGCUUUAACAAAGACUGUUAAAAAAGGAAGGUUUGUUUAACUUGUAUUGAGGAAUUUCAUUAAAAUCAUAAAGGAGAAUUGGCAUCAAUAGAAGAUGUAGAGGCAUUUAUCAGAAAAAAUUGCAUCAAAUAAAGAGGAGCAUUUCAAUGUAAUGAUAUAUUAGGGAAGUUUGAUGAAUUUAAAAAUGAUAUCUUAAGCCAAUUAAAAGUUUUGGAAUUCAUUUUAAAAGAAAAAGUACGUCAAUUAUUUGAUAAUUUGAAUAAUACAGAGAAUAAAUUACAAUAAAUAGGUGAUGAAUGCGAGAAUGACCUAAAUGAUCUCUAAAACAAAUGCAAAUAAUAAAUUGAAGAAUUUAAAGGUGAUUGGAAUAAAAAACUCAAUUAAUUUAAAUCCAUACUUACUCCAAUAUAAAUAAAUUUAAAAAGAUUCGAAAAAUUAAGUGAAAAGGAUAUCGAUUUGAGUGCUUAAUAAGUAAAUAUUAGUGUUUUAUACCCUAAAUAAACAAUUAAAUUAACUAAAUUAAAUUUAUCAUUGUUAGAAAAAGCUUUUCAUGAUAAAUAAAUUGAAUUAGAAUUCUCAAUAUUCAAAAACAUGUACCUAAUUUAUUCAUUUUAAAUAGGAAUUUAUAAGAAAAAUUACAUAAUUGGAAAACAGUUAUAGAUCACAAUAAAAUGAUAAUCUAAAAUGAUUCUUAUCAAAUUUAAUUACCAGAUAAUGUGUAUUUCAAAGAAGGAGAAUGCUACAGUUUGGAAAUCAAAAGUAAUCAAGAUGUCAAAUUUAAAUUAUCAAAUGAAUAAAGUUUGGAAAAUCAACUUAUAGGAUUCUAAUAAACUGAUUAUGAAAAAGCAUCUUUCAAAUCUGAUGAGAAAAUAACAAUCAUCAGUUAAAGCACAAGUGGAUUAUUGGUAUCUGUUGGAGCAUUAUUUGAAUGAU